GCCGCAGAGCGCCGCCCUUCGGGGAGCAGGUGCGAGGAGUACGGACAGUGCAACAAAGUAGCAGCAACAACAAUCAGCGUUCCAGCGAGGGAUACAAAAGGUUCCCUCUCCUGCCCUCCAGUUCAGCCCAUCAGGUGUCAAAAAAAUGUUAUGAGGUGAUUUACUGCAAAGGUGUUGGGCAACCACAAACAUUAAAUAAAACUACAAAUCUGAAGAAAUCACCUAAGCACCAUGGCAUGCAGCGUGGACCUUGAUAGUUUUGAUCAUGCUCCUGAGAUCAGUUACGAUGAUCUUGCUUCUCCUGACUCUUGCUUUGAUGAAGAUGUGGUUCAUGAUUCCUUCGCUCAUCUACUCUCAGAACAAAGCCAUCAAGAAAUUGAGCCAUCGGAGGUGAUUGAGUUGGAGGAUCUGCCCACUGUGGGCUUUGAAAAUUUAGGAUAUCACAGUACACCUGCUCAAAAACAGGAAUGGCUUGAAGUUGACUGCUAUGAUCCAGCCACCAUGAAAGUCCUUGCCUUCAUGCCCAGUAGAACCAUCGGUCGGUCAAGGGGUGCAAUUAUCUCCGAAUAUUACAACCGUACAUUGAGAUUACGGCAAAAAAGAAUUCGACCUGCACUGAAAGACAUGCCUCGCUCGAUGAGACCAAGCAUUCGAGAUGCAAAUGCAGUAGACGGGAAUUAUGAAGAAGAAUUAGAAAAGAAAAAACUCUUGGGUGAAUUGCAGCAGAUGCCAAUGAAUGAUCGUAUUAAGAUGCUGCAGAGCAUGCCUCUGAAUCUCGCAAUGAAACGAGAGCUCAGGCGCAUGACGUCGUACAGGAAUGUUGAUGACGGUCCUCUUGAAACAAAUCGUCUCCCAUGUUGGAGCCGUGCAAAGUACAGUCUGAUCAUUGCAACCAGACAGUGUUGGUAUGGAUUCCACUCCAACCUACACUCGUUGCAACUGUGGCAGAUUGCCCAGAAACAAAUCAGCGGUCGCUUUGGCAUGGGUGUGCUUUCAUACUUCAUCUUCCUCAAGAUGCUGCUAAUGUUCAAUACAUUCCUCCUUGUCCUGAACCUUUGCUUCAUUGUUAUUCCACAAGUCACGAAUCCUCCUGAAACAACAAAUGGAUCAUUUGUUGGAUUAGAGCUCCUGUAUGGGACUGGUUAUUUUACAGACACAAUUCUGUAUUAUGGUUAUUAUACUAACAACACUUGGACUAUUUGGAAAAAUCCGGGGUAUAAUAAUAGCCAUAUUAAUAUACCAUAUAACAUGCCGAUUGCAUACCUCUACACAAUUGGAACUUCCUUUUUCAUCACCUGCAUCAUAUUGGUUCAUUGCUUGUCCAAAGCUUUUGGAGAGAGUUAUCGAGUGGGCAGUGGCUAUCGUGGUCUGGCGGUGAAAAUGUUCAGCUUUUGGGAUUUUAAAGUAACUCAAAAACAGUCGAUUGAGUUAAAUCAUGAGGACAUCAGCACCCAGCUUAAGGUAUCUCUAGCUGAGCUUGAUUUCCGUGCUGCACACGUGAGCUUUUUUCAGUGGUUUGCUAAUCUGUCGGUUCACUUUAUGGGCUGGCUGCUGUCCUUGGGGAGUGCUGCUGGCUGUGCUGCUGGAGUCUAUUUUUACUCCGAGAAGAUGUUGGAGGAAUAUUCAGAAAAAAUCCAACAGGGAAUGUCUGAAAAGCAAGCAGCGUUUAGUUUGCUAAUACUUCCUGUGCUCGUGUCUGCUAUCAAUUUUGUGAUGCCCUAUAUUUAUAACUUAAUUGGAUUAUUGGAAACAUAUGACUUCCCACAACAACGAAUCUAUGUUUCUAUUGCCAGAAAUCUGUUUUUGAAGAUGUCCAUCAUAGCAAUGCUUUGUUUUCACUGGAUAAAAGGAAAUACGUCAACUAUAAAAGAAAUAUCAUGUUGGGAAACGUUUGUAGGACAAGAGUUGUACCGCUUGGUGGUGGUUGAUUUUAUAUUCAUUAUCCUGGAAACAAUAUUUGGAGAAUAUAUCUGGAGGGUGGUUUGCAUUAAACUGCUGAAAAGGAAACGAAAGCCUGAGUUUGACAUUGCCCGAAAUGUGCUGGAUUUGAUCUAUGGGCAGACUCUCACAUGGGUGGGUCUGCUGUUUGUACCAUUGAUGCCUGCAAUUCAAAUAAUCAAAUUUAUCGUGGUUUUCUACAUUAAAAAGCUUAGUCUGAUGAGGAAUUGUCAGCCUCCAUGCAAGAUCUGGCAGGCAUCUCAUAUGAUGACCAUCUUUAUUAGUCUACUAUGUUUCCCUUCAUUCCUGGGCGCCACUCUUGCUCAUCUCUACACCGUAUGGAAGGUGAAGCCGUCAUCAACAUGUGGUCCGUACCGGACAUUAAAUACCAUUUACAAAUCUACAGAUAUCUGGUUGCAGCUGCUGAAGAAUGAGAAAUCAAAUUUUGUCUGGUUUCCGCGGAUGCACAAAUUCCUUGUGGAAAAUCCUUUCCUUGUCAUUGUCGCAUCAGGCAUCCUCCUUAUAGUAAUUUAUUUCCACUGGCAAGUUCUGGAUGGUCAAAGGAAGAUAAUUAAAUUAUUAAAUGCACAAAUUAUGAAUGAGGGGGAUGACAAGAAGUUUCUCAUUGGUAAACUGAAAGAUUUCAACAAGAAGAAAUAUAAACCUCUGAAACGGCAAAUGCAUGAGGAAACUGAGGAUUGAUCCUCUAUAAAGAACAAACUGUCUUUGAGGAAGGCGAUACAUAAAAUGGGCUUAAGAUCAAAGCUGCUGCCUGGAAUGACACUCGAGGAGCAAAUUCUAGCUGAAGACUUUGAAAACUGAUUCCACAGAUAUUAUAUCUUACAGAAAUGUUUCCUUUUUCGAACUAGAGUUUACAUCCAGGUCUCUGAGAGAAAAGUAAAGUGUUCUUCCGACAUACUGCAUCUCAUCAUUCAACAAACUUUUAUUUUUAAAAGCCAUCUACUUUGUAUUUUUCAAGUGAAAUAGCAGAAUUAGCCUAGGAGGAUACUGACCAGUAUUUGGUGAAGUGAUCUCCUGGCUAUGUGAAUACAUUAUUGUCUCUUAAAAUUUUUACAUCUAUAUAAUGGACUAGAUUCAUCCUGAUGAUUACUGGAGAGGAAGAGGAAGUCAUCACUGGUGGCACAAUUGACACUGACAGUGCAAGAGCGGUAACAGCCUGACUGUGAAUUGUUGAGUGAUGCUUAGAAUUGUUCUAUUUGUUUAUUUACUCAUCUGCACUUUAUCUUGGGGAAAUCUGAACUUAUACAUUAUCCAAAAGUGAACUCAAUGUAGCAACAACCAAAUGCACAAGUUUAUGUCAACCAUGUUGUAGCAGCUGUAACAGAAACGUCAAUGCAUUUUAGAAUGUGUAACUUGGGUGACAAAUAUAAUUCAGUCUUAUCUCCUUCUCAGGCAGUCUCUCAGAAUUGAGGAUUACUUACUUCCCCUUUAGUAUUGUGAUUGUGGGUUCUGAGGUGACUCAUCAGACCACAGAUUCCGGUGCAGGCAGGUGGGUGAGUGGUUUAUGAGGCAGUGCCCUCCCUCUGUUGUUUACACAGUCUGGGUUAGUCUUAACGACUGAGAAUUUGCAUCUGAGUAAAUUUCCACAUGACCUUGAUUAACAAAUGUUAAAAUUAGUAGUUAUUCAGUGAUUUUAUCCACACGGUCAGGAUCCAGAUUUUCUGUAAAAUGCAUUAUGCUGGAGGGGUCUGAGACUUCUCUACUGUCUAUAAUGGCCAAAUGUGUGGUGCGAAGUCUUUCAGCUACAUUAUUUACUU